UAUAUUAAUAAGUAAUAAAAAUUAAUAAUAAAGUAAAAUAUAUAAAACAAAUCAAUGUAUAAUAAUCAUUACGAAUAUUAUGCCUAAACAAUAAGAUUAUAGAACUAUACAAUAUUUAUAACACUAAAUGUAAAUCACAUAUUUAAAAAGUUUAUAGGAUAUCAAAAUUCUAGUAUAAUUUGAAGCACAUGAAUUCUCAAAACCAAAGCUUUGAACAACAUUGGGCUUAGCACUUUCAUUUUUCUUUCUUUUUUAUUUGGACAAUCCCCAAGCAAAAUCAACAUUCAAAACGGUUAACCGCAUUUACCUUCUUGUUUUGUUUAUUAGGAUUACUAUUUAUAAACUAUCAUAUUUCAAUAAUUAAACGAGAGAGAGAGAGUAAUUAAAGGUUAUUGGAAUACUAGCUUUGACCUUGAGCUCUUUUUCUUCUUCUUGGACUUUUUGUCGCUCUGUUAUAAAACCUCCCCUCUCUUCCCCCUCAUAUACACAAGUAUCCCCUUUAAUAUUGUUCACACACAAACAUACACACAUUAAGCCAACGGAAGGAACAAAAGAAACACGAAAUGGUGUCCAUGAGGGCUUUUUGCUAUCUUCUAAUAUUUUUCAUCUUGCUAUUACAUGCUAAAGUCUCGCAUGCAAAGUUUAAUAGAGAAGUUCCACAAGCGGCAAAGAAUGGUGGGCUUGGAGCAAGCACUAGUACUCAGAUUACCAGCAAGGCUAUUGAAAAUGUAAUGGGAAACCGAAAGGCGUUGAAGCAUGGAAAUAUGAAGGGCGAGGCAAAUGAAAUGAACAGUUUAGCGAUAGAGAGUAAAGAAACGGUAAGGAAAAGAAAGAGCAAGAAGAGGCUCACCAAAACGGUGAGUUUAACGGCCGAUUACAGCGACCCUGGUCAUCAUCCUCCUAGGCACAAUUAACAGAACUACGUGUGUGUGUGUGUGUGUUUAACAUGAAACAUGAGCCUAUAUUUCCCAAUGAGGCUUCAAUUUUGGUGCAUCACUACUCGGCCUUUGAUAGUUUUUUUUUCUUUUACGUUUUACAUGUAUCUACUACUGAUCAUGGUAGGCGGCACGCCGACACAAGCUUUUCUCAGGUGGUACUUUUGUUAGCUUUUGUAUGUAUUCAGAAGAGACGUUUUUGGUUAUUAAUGUCACUAUACACAAUUACACAUGUUUAGUUAUUGGUUGUUAAGAAAAA